AUGAAAGGAUAAAUAAGAGUAUUUUGCAGAGUCCGUCCCUUAUCUGAAAUCGAAAAUAAUUAAUAAAAUAAUAAUAUAUGUGUAGAAAUUUAAGAUGAAAUGAACAUAUAAAUAAAAACAAGAAAUGGAUUAAAAAAGUUCUCUUUUGAUUCAUGUUUCGGAUAAAAUUCUACUUAAGAUAAUGUUUUUCAAGAUGUUAAAAAUCUUAUACAAAGUGUAUUAGAUGGUUAUAAUGUUUGUGUAUUUGCUUAUGGAUAAACUGGUAGUGGCAAAACAUUUACAAUGUAUGGUACCUAAGAAAAUCCAGGAAUAACUCCUAGAGCAAUAAAUGAAUUAUAUAAUUUAAUUUAAAAUAUGUCACAAUUAAAUAAUAUAAUUGUUAAAGUACAUUUAGUAGAACUUUAUACCGACAAUAUAAUUGAUUUAUUAGAUAAUAAUCAUUUAAAAAAAAUUGAAAUAAAAGAAGAUUAUAUAAAUAAUAGCAUUUAUUUAUAAAAUGUUAAAAUUAUUGAAGCAACUUCAAGCGAGCAUUUAUUAAAUAUAAUAAAAUAAGGAUUUUCUAAAAGAAAAGUAAGUAAAACUGAUAUGAAUGUCGAAUCAUCAAGAUCUCAUAUAAUAACAAUAAUAGAAAUAUAAAUUAAAAACAAAAAAUCAUAAGAAAUUUUAUAUGGAAAACUAACACUUGUGGAUUUAGCUGGAAGCGAAAGAAUUAAUAAAUCAAAUAGUAACUAAUUAUAAAUAAAAGAGGCUUUACAUAUAAAUAAAUCAUUAACAUCUUUAGGAGAUGUUAUUGAAGCUUUAGCAACUUAAAAUUUAUAAGGCGGAGAAAAGCAUAUACCUUAUAGAAAUAACAAGCUAACAUAUUUAAUGAAAGAUUCAUUAGGAGGAAAUGUAAAAUUAUAUAUAAAAAAUUAAAUAAAAUAAAAAAAGGCUAAAACAUUAAUGUUUGUAAAUAUAAGUCCUAGUGAAUUUAAUUAAGAAGAAAGUUAGAGUAGUUUAUAAUAUGGAAGUAGAGUAAAAUCGAUAGUUAAUGAUCCUUCAAAAAAUAUCGAAACAAAGGAAUUUAUUAAAAUAAAAGAAAAACUAUAAUUAAUGAUAUAAGAAAAUUAAAGAUUAUAAAGUUCUUAUUAAUAGCUUAUUUAAUAAUAAAAAAAUGAAAAAUAUAAUAUUUUAAUAAAAAAUAAUCAAGAAAACGAAGAAUUAAAAUCAAAUAAAAUAAAAUAGGAAAAUGAAUUAAUAUUAAGACUAAAAAAUAGUAUAAUAUAACCCAAAAUAUAAAUAAAAACUCAAGAAUAAAAAUAAAAAAUAAUAAAAAUAUCAGAGAAGUCUCUUUCUUUAUAAUCAAGUUAAAUUUAAUAAGAAAAAUUAACAAAAUAAACCUAAUAAUAAAUGUAAAACUCUUAAGAAAAACAAUAAUCUUAAAAUUUUUAUUCUAACCAAAAUUCAAUAUUAUAGUAAUUAUUAUAAUCUAAUUCGACUAAUUUAUAUACUUAAAACAAAAACAAUUUUUUUCAAAAUUAAAAUAAUAAUACUAUUUCAACAGAAAACGAACAUAGUAUAUUUAUUAUAGAUUCUUAAUUUUAAUUAUCUUAAAUAUAAAAUAAUAAUGAUAAUUCGAAUUACAAUACUAACGUUUUUACUUAAAAGUUCUUAAAUAAAAAUAAUAACAACCUUUCUCAUUCAAUUUCAACUUAGAAUAAUUUAUCUAAUAUAUUAUUUUCAUAAAAAAGAAAAAGUAACAAUAGUAUUUUUCAUAAUAAAAAUUAUAAUAUAAUAUGA